AUGUUUGCAUUAAGUAGAUGUUUUUUACUAUCUUUUGAAAUUCCUUUUAGUCAAAUUCAAAAAAUUACAGCACGUUCAUCAGGUCCAGGAGGACAAAGUGUGAAUAAGGCUGAAACGAAAGUACAAAUCCGAUUUAAUGUGGAUGAUGCAAAAUGGAUUCCUCUAAAUGUUAAAGAAAAUUUAAAAAAGAUUUAUAAAAAUAAACUGAGCAAAAAUAACGAUCUCAUAAUUGAAUCUGAAGAAACGUCUUCACAAAUAUCUAACUAUAAAAUAUGUGCUGACAAACUUAAACAUAUUCUUGAAGAAGCCGAAAAUUAUAAAGAAAAAAUUAAACAUACAUGUAUAAAAGAUUUUAUUCAUUUAAUUAAGUCUGAUGAACAGAUAAAAAAAUACAAAGAUAAUUUAAUUAAUCAAAAGAAGAAGCGACAGCAAAGGAAAUUCAAUAAGCGUGAUUAUGAUUGA